UAUCUCUUUUAUCUUUCUUCUCAAAUCUCAAACCUCAUCUCAAUUUCCUUCAUCUCAUCAAAUUUAUACAAAAAUUACUGCUGAUUUCGUUAUACCCACUCUUAAUUAACCACAAAAUUAGCAAAAAUAGUACAGGAUAUUACAUACUGUUGAUAAUUAACUCAGGAUUGUCGCUGGCACCUCCAAUUGAAUUGGUUUGAAGGUGUUCGUGUACGCGGAUUUGUAAUUUUGGUUAUGGUGUGAACGUCCGCUAGAAAAUGGUGCAACGAAAGAUUCCCGCACUGCCGUAUCAGGACUUGGCUUCUUGGACCGAUAACUUUUCUGAGAGCAAUUACCUCUGCCAUUUCCAGUUUGGCAAACUUUAUCGUGGAAAGAUUGGUGAACGAUACGUGAUGGUGAAGAUAUGGGAAGAUUCGGAAAUAUAUAACUACAAGCCUGGGGAUAACGAGUCUAGACUAGUGGACGAAGUAUCUUUACUUGGCCAUCGUAACAUGGUUAAUCAUCCAGGCAUGUUAAAGUUGUUAGGCUACUGUACUGAAGAUGACCAUCUCGGUGUUGUUUAUGAUUUCAAGCCAUUGGACACACUUUAUAACCUCAUUCUUAAAGAUGGCUUAACUUGGCUGCAAAGAGUCAAAGUCCUCGUUGGAUUGGCUUCUCUCCUCAAUCAUCUGCACACCGUAAAGAGUCCGCCAUACAAACCUUUCAUGGUUCGCAAUCUUGACUGUGCUCAUAUAGUGCUCGACGAGGAUUAUAAUCCAAAAUUAUGUGAUUUUGGUCUCGUGAGUGGUGGUAUUUUCCCCGAUAGGACAAUAUAUAAAUGCCAUCAUGUCAUUGGGAGCUAUGGCUACAUCGAUAUUACGUCAUUUGAUGAAGGUCAUUCUUCGGUCAAGCAAGACGUGUAUGGAUUUGGGGUAAUACUUUUCAGUAUUAUUUCAAAAAGAGUUUACACCGAAGAAGAUAGGCUAAGUUACGCUCCAAACGUUUUCAGAUGGGCUUGGGGUAGAUGUUUUGAAUAUGAUCGUGAAAAAGAAAAAGAUAGUGACUCGAAGAAAGAUGAUUCAGAUAGUGGUGACUCGAAGAAGCCAAAGUUUUCGGUCGUCCAUCCAAGCCUAGCGGAAGAUCCCGAUUUUGAUCCUUUCGAUGGGUGUAAAAUUACUGCGCUAGGAUUGGAUUGCACAGGCCGAAACUUGUUUGCACGCCCCACGAUGAAUGAAGUCCUCGGAUCUCUUCUCAGACUCCAUGUUGUGAAGAAUCGUGAAAAUCUCCUUUGAUGUACCGGACCGGUCCUUCUGGUGUGUUACUGUGUAAGUUUAUGGCUGACUGAAUUAAUAUUAGCUUAGAAUUUGAAAUCAAUUUGUUGUUAAAUUUAUUACAUUCAACUGUGGUUUUUGGUUAAUAUAAUUUAUUAA